AUGAUCUGCUCAAGCUGCCGUCAAUCGCUGGUUUCCCGUUUCCGCACGCUCGUCGUCAGCUCCAAUCCCUCAGUGUCGCCCUUCUCCAGCCUACGUUAUGCCUCUACGGUCCCUGCGACUCCUAAUGCUGGCCCAGUUCCAGCCCCGGUAUCCAUAUCGAUAGAUCAUCCGAAUGUUUCGCAAUCCUCAAAUACCUCCGGCAUCUCACAACCCCUUUCUGAACCACAUACUCCCUCAACAUCAAGCGCAAAGACGUCGGGUCCUACAUCCACAAAAGAUGGAAAGGUUGCCGCGAAGCCGAGGAGCUCGGUACCUGGAGGCAAGGAGCUGAGAGGGCUGGGUUACACAAAAGCAAAACCGAAAGUGCUUGCCAUGGAGGAUGAUGCGUACCCGGAAUGGCUCUGGACACUACUUGACGAGAAGAGACCGGGCGCAAUGGCCGAAAAGGUAGAUCUAGCAGCUAUGACCAAGAAACAACGCCUACGCUACGAAAAGAAACAAGAGCGACUGUUGAAGGACAUUCCAAAACAGAUCCCCGUACACGAGCAAAGCAAGGAUCUGACCACACCUGGAGACGACGCCUUGACGAGUUUACAGCGCCGGCAAGAGAUCACGAAGAGCGCAAGAGCGGCACGGAGGAGAGGCAUUCGUGAAAGCAACUUCUUGAAGUCCAUGUAG